CCUCCUUUCUUCUGCUUUCUGCUCCCCAGGGUUCACGCAGCUGAUGUGGCUGCUGCCCAGCCUGCACAGAUGCCCUCUUCCUCCUCCUCAUCAUCCUCUUCCUUCACCAGUACUGCUCCUGUAGCUAUCCCUUCGUCCAGCAGCCUCCCGAAAAACAUCGGGAAGCCAGAAUUCCCGAGCACGGGAUGGGAGCGCAUCAAAGAUCUCUUUGACAGAGAUGUGACUCAGAAAUACCCAGAGGAGAUCACCAAUGUUGUAAACAGCAGUGCUCUCGGUGCACUUGCAGGCUUUGUCUAUGGGGGCUUGCCAGCAGCUCGCCACGCCAGGGAGAGAUAUAUCCAAGUCAGCCAGGCAGAAUUAUACACUAAUCGUGUGGACGCAGUGCGCUCAGCACACAAUGCAGCUAUCCGGGGGUUUAUAAGAUAUGGAUGGAGAUGGAGCUGGAGAGUGGCUGUGAUAGUUACCUUGUUCAGUUCUGUGAGCACGGGACUCUCCGUGUACCAAGACAAAGACGCAGUCAGCCAGUAUGUUGCAGCUGGAGCUGUGACUGUAGGCCUUUUCAGACUGAACCUGGGCCUGAGAGGGCUGGUAGCGGGCUCGGUGAUCGGAGCAGUGCUGGGGAUUCCGGUUGGUGCUCUGGUCAUUGCCUUGCAGUCCCUGACUGGAGAGACGAUCCGAGAGAGGCGCAGGAGAGAGCGCAGGGAACUGUAUGAGCACAAGCUUGCAGAAUGGACAGCCCGUUUGCAGUUGACGGAUGAGCUGAUUUCCAACUUGAAUGUGAGCUCUCAGGUGGAGGAAACCAAUAAGGACAUGCAGAGGAUCCAGGAACUGCUCAGUCUACCACAGAAUGAGGUCAAAGACUCAAGUGGACAGUGAGCAUGGCUGCCUUCACUGUCUGCUAUCUGUUGGAAUCUGGAAAAUACAAACGUUCUCUUACUGAAUGGAAACCGAUUCAGAUGAAUUCAUGAUGCUGUUGUACAAGAAAAGUAGGUCCAACGAAGAGCUCACCUAAAUGUGACAUGGGAUACAGGAAAAGGGUUUUAAGACUCUCAAAUAUGCAGUAUCUGAUUUGUGCCACUUAGUCCACAUUGGUGUUGUAAAGGUUAAGGUGGACUUGAUGUGAUGCUUCUGUGUACUUUUAAUACUGAAGUUGACUGACACAGUAUGUCCCGUGGUUGAAAUCACAAAGUCAGCAUUGUUGGUCGUACAACUUAUUAAAACCACAUGAAAGAAAGAAAGAAACAGACUCCUCUCCAAACCAAUAAAUAUCAAUUCAUGCUACAAAACA